UACCUUAUCUUGCAGUUAAUUCGAGUAAUUACAGAAAAAAAAAACACAAAUCAUAAAAAAGAAAAUUAAAAAGAAACCUGCAACUGAUUUUAAUACGAAGUUAAACCAGACAGUGACAAAAGUAAAAAGAUUUCAGUGGUUUAACAGCAACAUGAAAAAUGCAACUGCAGCUGUUCAAACAACUCAAUGUCACAACGAAAAACUGCAGUACGAUUUAGUAUUACUCGGUUUGCCUUUGGUAAAUAAUUUAAGGGAGAUUCAGCUCUUGGCGUCAAAUCUUGGUUUAGUCUAAUAUUAUCUACAAAUUUAUAAAAUCAGACUUAGCUGUAAGACUCCAUUUAAAGUUUAAACGUUCAACUUCUUCAGAAUAAUGGUGACCCUUAUUUAAUCAGCGACAUACAAGUUUAUUUUUGCGAAAGCCUUAAAGUUAUUUCAUCAGUUCACCAUCAAUGCAUGUCUGUACUAGAAGUAGAUAAUAAUUUGUAGUCACUACAUGAUUUUUUUUAAAGGACUCAUAUGCCCUUUGUGAGCUGUAACCAUCAUUGUUGCUGUAAAUGCUGCAGGUGGUAUAGUACUUUCACAUUUUAUAGCAAAAGGUAAAACGACAAAAUCUCUUCAUUCUUUUAAUACUGCACAUGCACCGUCAGGCUCAAAUUGGACUUUUAGUGAGACUGGUUGGACAAAGCAAAGAAUUACAUUAUUUGACUCACCAGUACUUUUUUUGCCUAAUAUAGGUUGAAUUCUUAUAGUUGAUGUUCACGAUUCUCAUAACUCUCUUGAGCUAUUGUCUGUUGCAAUCAAAAAUAACAUUUACAUUGUGGAAAUGCCAGCACAUUGUUCCCAUGGGCUCCAGCCUCUACAUUGCACAGUAUUUGGUCCUCUUAAAAUAUAUUAUAAUCAAAAAUGUCAGAAAUUAAUGGUUUAAUAUCUUAGAGUUAGUGUUGACAAGUCAAAUUUUUGUGGGCUUUUUUAUAAAGCCUGCAAUCAAGUCCUAACAGCUGAUAUUAUUUCAGGAUUUUGAUCAUGUGGCAUUUUUCCUUAUGAUCCAUCUGCUGUUCCGAGCACAGCUUACUUACCUAAUUCUGUUUAUUUCAUAGAGCAACUACUUGACAAGAAUGAUCUGCCUGAAUCAAGUCUGCACCCAAUCACAACUGAAACUAGAAUAACAAGAUUCGAAAAUGCAAUACAAGAUGAAGUCAAUAUUGAAGUAGAAAUAAGCACAAAUAAACCUGAAAGCAUGUCUGUAUGUAAAACAGAUAGCAAAUAAGUAAAGUUUGACAAUAAUACUGUAUCUUUGAAAUGUGAUUUAACUCAUUAGCAGUUUACAACUUUUAAUUUCUGUAUUCAAAAAAGUUGGCUACAAAUUCAAAAAUUCUUUGUAUAAAUUAUACAAAGAAUUUAAGUUGGAACAGAUUAUAUGAACAAAUGCCAUUUUAGAAACAAAUGAUUCUGUUCUAAUGCCAAUUGAAUCCAUAGUUCCUACUCCAAUUUUAAAUGAAAUCUAUGUUAAGUCAAAUUUUGUUUCAAAUGAAACGACUAGACAGUCUAUUUUUUUUACUAUUAAUCACAAUAAUCAGAUGUCAAUUGAAGUCAUUGUUCAGCCUAACCUUGUACUAAUUAUUUUGUGUAAAAAGCAUUCAGCUAAUGAUAGUGACAAUGAUAUAUUGCCUUAUCCGAAGAUAUAUGCUACCAAGACAAACAAAAAUCUAAAAAAAAAUUUAAAAUAUUUUGUAUUUACUUCUUAGGAACAAAAGAAAAAGAAAAUAAGGCACAACAAAAGCAAGAGAAAGAGAUUCAAAAGUUACCUAAAAGAGCUAAUUUAGUUAAAAAGAUGCUGACUCAAUAACAUCUACUGACGUUUCCAAUUUUAAUGCAGCCUUAGAAACACAUUAUAGUUGUGCAACAUAUGCAGAUGUUUGUGCAAAAAUUAAGGAACACGAAUUGUUGCAUACUGUGCAUUAUGUUGUAGUUUACACUAGAAGCAUGGAAAAAAAUUUUGAAGAUGUAAUGAAGAAAAAUCACAAGAUUUUUUUUGAGACAAAAGAUAGUCCAUACACAGGAGUUCCUUUCCUUAUAUCAUCGUGCAGUGUUCUUGACUGUCAACAUGGAGCAGACAAAGGCUGCACAGCAAAAGCUCAAUACAGAACCAGAAAAAACAGUGAAGCUGGUACAGAUCAUUCUUGCCUAAAAAAAAGAAUUGUUCUGCAAGAUUCCAAAAAAUUUGACUGUCCUGCUGCAAUUUCAAUAAAAGAAAUAGUUGAAUUUCCUGAAUUUAAGAUUGAAAAAGAUUCAGCAUGGUUGAGAAGUGAGGCAUCAAAGAAACUUCGUAAAGCUCUGGCAGCUCAAAAUGAUAUUGUAAUGUGUAGAAAAUAUAUUUUAAUAUUACCAGACAUUUCUGUUCAUAGAAAUCAUCCAGUUGGUAAUGAAGCAGGACUUAGUCAACCAUUAUCCAAGAGUAUCAUUAAUGAAAUUGCUGAACUUGUAAGAAAAGGUGUUAAUUCAGUUCCAGAUAUGAGGCGUCAUCUGGAUGCCUUUGUUCAGAUGAAAUUUGUUUCAAAUAACAUUCUAAAAACAAACAAACGUUUUUAUCCACGGGAUGAAACAAUUGCAAAUCAUAUGGAGAAGGCUAGAAAAAACUUUCAAAGAUCUUUGAUAGAUCAAGAAUGCUUGUUAGGUAAGAUAGAUGAAUGGAAAGUAUACUUUCCAGAAGCAUGUAUAUAUUUUCGACCUAAAGUUGAAAAAUCUGAUAACAGUUAUCCUGCUCUCAAAAAUUCUUUGUUAUUUGUGUAUCAAGAUGUAUGGCAAAAGAGACUGCUAUUAAGAUAUGGAAAUGAGCUUACCUUUCUGGAUGCUACAUAUCGCACAACUAGAUAUGCUCUUCCUGUCUUUUUUCUUGUGGUUAAAACGAAUGUUGAUUACCAAGUUGUUGCCAUUUUUGUGUGCGAAAAUGAAACAACAGAAGCUAUCACAGAAGCUCUAACUUGUAUUAAAAAAUGGAAUCCUUUAUUCCAGCCUAAGUGUUUUUUGACUGAUUAUUGUAAUGAAGAAAUUAAUUCUCUUGAAUCUGUGUUCCCAGAAUGUUGUGUGAUCAUUUGUGAUUUUCACAGAGAACAAGCUUGGGAGAGAUGGUUGUCAAAAAUAGCCAAUGGAUGUUGCCUGGAGAAAGAUGAAAUUAAGCUAAAACUUCGUCAAAUUGCCCAUGCAAAAACUAAAGAAGCUUGUCAAGCAGCUGUUCAAAAAUUAGAAGAGUCAACAGAAUAUAAAAACAACCCUAAACUGAUAGAAUAUCUUAAAAACACUUGGUUGUGUAUCCUAAAGAGAUGGGUGCUUGCUUACAGACGAGAUCGUCUGCUGAUAAAUGUCAACACUAACAAUGGCACUGAACCGCAAAACCAAACGUUUAAGUACAGUUUUUUGGAGAAAAGGAAAAGUUCUUCACUUACAUCAAUGCUUAGCAUUUGUAUAGAAGAAUUUCUUCCGCAUAAAUAUGACAACUAUGCUGAUGAAAAUAGAAGGGCACAUACAUCGUAUAGAAAAUACAAUGCUAACAUUCCAGCUUAUUUAAUUAAUCGACCACCACCUCUUGUAAAACAUUGUAUGAGAAUGAUCGAUAUAUGUCAAAGUGUAGGGUUAGUUGGAAUUAGUUCUGUAACAGCAGGAUUGUAUAAUGUCGCUUCGUUUCAAUCUAAUAACCGAGACAUUUACCAAUGUUAUUUUGGUGAUGCUGAACAACUACCAUAUUGCUCUUGUCCAGCUUGGUUUGAAAGUGCAUAUCCAUUGUCCAGCUUGGUUUGAAAUUGCAUAUUUUUUUGCAAUUUUUAUCAAAGAAAAUCUCUCUUGGUCGUCUUUUGGUUCCUCUUAUCGAAAUUCCCCAUAUUUUAUUCUUGAUCCAUUGUUGGAUGAAUAUCAUUCUUCAACUUUGGCUCCUUGUCUAGAUUUAUUGUAUUCCAACAAUAAUUUGUUGGAAAAUAAUCAUGUUAACAGUGCUAAAUCGUUUUG